AUGGUUGCUUAUGUAACAAAAGGGCGUGUGCCUCCUGUUCAAGGUCACAUCACCACCUAUGGUCUUGCCAGGGAGGUGGAGUCAGACUCCCCACCCUCAGCUUCCCCCAGCUGCCAAGUGGAAGGAAACCCAGACGUGCUGACCUGCACCGAGAGCAUGUUCCCAGCGACAUCCCAGCGGCAGGACACGUCCCAAGUCAAGGACUCAGGGGUCCCCAGAGUUGGUAAUGUAAUGCCCUUUAAGCUCCUAGGAAUUUUAGAUGUGGAGAACAUUCCCUGUGCACGGGACUCAGUAUUAUAUGGUUCAUUAGGAUCUGUUGUGGCUGGCCUUGGACAUUUUUUGUUAACUAGUAGAAUUAGAAGAUCAUGUGAUGUCGGAGUAGGAGGAUUUAUCCUCGUGACUUUAGGAUGCUGGUUCCAUUGUAGGUAUAAUUAUGCAAAGCUAAGAAUCCAGGAAAGAAUGGCCAGAGAAGGAAUUAAAAAUAAGAUUUUAUAUGAAAGUACCCACCUUGAUCCUGAAAAAAAACCCAACAGCAGCAGCAGCACCUGAACAGUCUCGAGCAUAGAACCCAAAUACAACUGAUGUCAGUGUGAACCAAGAUGAGAUCAACUAUGUAAAACAUUGCAUGUGCCAUAAGGUUUUCAAUCAAGUAAAUAAAGCAUGUGUGAGUUGUAGUCUUUUUUCCACUUGUAGGAAUAUUUUAUGAACUUAUUCUGGCCCUGUUAUCUACUACCAGCAUAGCUUAAUAGUGGACUUGUCACACAAAAUAAACCUAGUGUUCAGCAAGCUUUAAAAAGUUCCUUUGUAGUGAGUGUAAAUGAUGUCCAUUUUAAAACUUGCCUUUAAAACAAUCGUAUUACUAUCCAGUUAAAAAAUGAGGGAAUACUUCUCGGUUCCUUU